GGGAAGAAAGAAACCAAUUUCCUUUCUUCACGAUAAUCUGCUUGAGGUGCGAUCUCCUAGGAACCAGUGCUACAGGUUUGUUUCGUCUGAUUUACGAAAAUCAUGAUACAUUUUGUGCUUCUAGUUAGUCGGCAAGGAAAGGUGAGGCUCACCAAAUGGUAUUCGCCUUAUACGCAGAAGGAAAGAUCUAAGGUUAUACGUGAACUCAGUGGGGUAAUUCUGAACCGAGGUCCCAAGCUCUGCAAUUUUGUCGAAUGGAGAGGAUACAAGGUUGUCUACAAAAGAUAUGCGAGUCUGUACUUCUGCAUGUGUGUUGAUCAGGACGACAAUGAGUUGGAGAUCCUUGAGAUGAUCCAUCACUAUGUUGAGAUACUUGACCGCUACUUUGGUAGUGUGUGUGAACUGGAUUUGAUUUUUAACUUCCACAAGGCGUAUUAUAUACUGGAUGAGCUCUUGAUUGCUGGUGAACUUCAAGAGUCAAGCAAGAAAACAGUAGCUAGGAUUAUAUCCGCUCAGGAUCAAUUGGUGGAGGCUGCGAAAGAGGAGGCCAGUUCAAUAAGUAAUAUAAUCGCUCAGGCUACCAAAUAGUUUCUUUCUUGUUUGCUCAUAUGUGGUAAACAUGUUUGCGUUGUGCUCUCUCUCUCUAUCAUUUCUUUCUUUCUUUUCGAGGAACUUCCUCUCAAAAUCACAAUUGGACUAGAUCGAUGAAUAGUUUGCUAUGUUUGAUCCUGUUUGUAAACAAGAACGCAGAGUUUAUAUCGUAAGAGAGAUGUUGCGAGUAA